UCCACCGUAUUGUUGUCGUUCCGCGAGUCAUCGUCAUGUCGGCCUCAAGCUAUGACCGCGCUAUCACCGUCUUCAGCCCCGAUGGCCAUCUUUUCCAGGUGGAAUAUGCACAGGAGGCUGUCAAGAAGGGAUCGACGGCUGUUGGUGUGAAAGGCAAAGAUGUUGUCGUUCUGUGUGUAGAGAAGAAAUCUGUUCCAAAGCUGCAGGAAGAGCGCACAGUGAGAAAGAUCUGUCUCUUGGAUGACCAUGUGCUGAUGGCAUUUGCAGGUCUUACAGCAGAUGCAAGAAUUUUGGUUAACAGGGCCAGAGUUGAGUGUCAGUCUCACAAGCUAACUGUGGAAGACCCUGUCACUCUGGAAUAUAUUACAAGAUUCAUUGCCACAUUGAAGCAGAGGUACACACAAAGCAAUGGCCGUCGACCUUUUGGUACCUCAUGUCUUAUUGCUGGAUUUGACAUGGACGGAACACCCCAUUUAUAUCUGACAGAUCCCUCUGGUACAUAUACAGAGUGGCAGGCCAAUGCCACAGGUCGGAGUGCAAAGACUGUGCGAGAAUUCUUGGAGAAGCAUUACACUGAAGAGGUAGUCUCAACAGAGGCAGGAGCCAUCAAGCUAGUAGUUAAGGCAUUGCUAGAAGUGGUCCAAUCUGGGGCUAAAAAUGUAGAAGUUGCAAUCAUGAAGCCCAAUGAGCCAAUGAGGAUGCUAGACAUUGGCAGCCUUGAAAAGAUUGUAGCAGAGAUUGAGAAGGAGAAAGAAGAGGAAGCAGAGAAGAAGAAACAAAAGAAAUAGCUGUAUUACAUUAAAAGUAAUUGCUAGUAAUGUUUUAAGUUCAAGUAUAUUUGCAGCAGAAUCAUGCUUACCAAGAGGUAUUUUGAUUUAUAACAUCAGUCAGUUUGCUUACCCUUGCAGAAUGUUAUUUAUACAAAACUAAGCUCUCUUUUUCAAUAAAGGAGGAUAAAAUACAUAUCUCAUUAACCCUUUAAAAAUGUUUUCCUUCGACUUCUGUUGUAUUACUGUUAAAGUUUGGCCGUAUUUUAACCAAAUGGUUAAAGAGAUUGCUUAAAAUUUAAGUCGAGCAUUUCAGAUCUUCAGCCAACUUUUUACGUUUACAUUUACAUUUUUUUUCAUGUUUAUUUUUACACGACUCCGAAAUGUCAAAAUGAACAUUUGGAAUUAGAUAAAAAUUAUUGAAAAUU